AUGGCACAUACCCUGUUCCCGUUGGCUUCUGUCCUUGGGCGUUCUAACUCCAUUCCCAUUACACCUACCAACCAAGUCCAGAGGAUUUACAUCCUUACUGAUUUCUCGGUCGUUUUGUUCGCAGGAGCUAUGGAUUUCUAUCUACGAUGCAAUGCUCUGAAAUGCCGCACUCCAUUGAAAGAGCAAGCAGUUGUCACUACUUGUUCGCAUAUAUUUUGUCUUCAUUGUGCAGAUAACCUUGGCCUUUCCCGUCCCACACAUGGCGAACGUCGCUGUCCAGCUUGCCAGACCGUCCUUGUCAACCCUGAUGACGCUGCAUCGACGGUCCUCAAUCCCUCUGAAGAUUACAAGACCAGCGUAUUGAGUGGACUUGAUCCGACCACGAUUAUGGAAUGCGCUAGCAGGGCAUUGGCGUUCUGGGCAUAUCAAACAACACAAGAGAUGUACGUUGUCGUCCCAUGCCCUCUACCAACCUUUGACACUAUUCUGACGCGAAGAAGAUUCUAUCAGGAGUAUCUCGGAAAGACACUGACCGAUAAAUACACAACGCUGAAUACGGAGAUGGACAGAGUUAUUCACAAUGCCAAUACGGAAAUAUCGACACUUCAAAAUAGACUGAAUGAUAUGCAGACAACACAGGAUCAGCUUCGCAAGAAAAACCAGGAACUUGUUGACUUGUACCGGGAAAAGUGCAAGAAGUUUGCACAGAUCACAAAUCUAUAUAACUUACUUAAGUCUCGUGCCAUGAGAUCGCAGAUGCAGACCGCAGCAUCGGACACAGUUUCACAAGCCUUAGGCUCGCUUGCUACGACGGCAAACCAACCAUUACCAUCAGGGUUGAGCAAGUCGGGGAACAUAUCGCGGCCGCCACAGACUCCGCUAUCUCGUCAAAGCAAUCCAUUCCCUAUCAAUGUCGAAGGGGUGGAACAACUGCAUCGACAUCAAAGAAGCGGGACUGGGAGCUCCAAGGGUGUCAACCAGAAGGCUCAUAACGCUGCAAUGCCGCCGCCGGCCAUCGCCAACAAUCUGAGAAACCGGGGUAUACCCAACGCAACGCCCCAGCAUCGAACUCGCCUGCCAGGCCCCAUACGUCCGUCGACUGGCAUGUCGAACCUGCCGCAGGACAGUGUGAUGUUUGAGCGGUUUCAUGACCGUGAAUUGACAGGUCGUUAUGCGAAUAAUGGGAACACACUGGUGAGUCGAGAACGCCUAAGUUUGCUGGCGCCUAAUUCGGCAGUAACCAAUCCAGCCGGAAACGGCCCUUCUCUACGGUCCUCGCUAUUUGAGAAUGGCCUUAUAUAA